UCCAAACAGAAUCAAAGGAAAUUGAGAAUUACACCCAGAAAUGGCGGCUGAAACAGCAGCAGCACACUUUCACACUCACUACAGCUGUAGUCGCCGGAGAUGCGUCGCCGGAAUAAUAAAGGGACGGAGCGUAGCUGCAGCUUCCUCUCAACCCAUCAAAUCCUAUAAAGAACUUGGUAUGUUUUCGUUGAGAAAGAAGAUAGAAGAUUCUGUAAAUCGUGCUGAGAUGUUGGGUUUAACUGCUUUGGAGUUUGAAGAAGCACGUCAAGUCAAACAAGUAGAAAUGGCUCGAGAAUAUGAUUUGUGGGAUGACUUAUCCAAAUCUAGUGAUAUCCUUAUCAAAUUAGCUGAUAGUGCUAAGGUGGUUGAUGAUCUUAAAGACCUUACAUACAAGGUAGAAGAAGCCAAGCUAAUCACAGAGUUGGCUGAAAUGGACAUUAUAAAUUAUGCACUUCUUAAGCAAGCAUAUACCGCAUCUGUAGAUGUGAGCAAGUUUUUGGAUAAGUAUGAGAUAUCCAAACUUCUUAAAGGGAAAUAUGAAUUUGAAGGAGCUUGCAUUAUGAUAGAAGCGGGAACUGAAGGCAUUCGAUCUGAGAUAUGGGCAGAACAACUUGUUGGAAUGUACAUGAAAUGGGCUAAGAAGCAAGGUUUAAAGGGAAGGAUUGUUGAGAAGAAAUGCACGUCAAAAGCAGGGGGUAUCAAGUCAGUAACAAUUGAGUUUGAACACAAGUAUGCUUAUGGUUACUUUUUAGGGGAAAAGGGUACUCAUCGAAUGAUAACCUCUUACCCUGAAUCAUUAUCUGAGGUUAGCUCGGCUGCUGUUGAUGUGGUACCUCUAUUUCUUGAAGAAACUCCUGAAAUUAUUGUUGAUGAGGAAGACAUGAAAUUUAGCUACCUCUCGUUAUGUGAAGCCGGUCGGGGUCAAAAAGUGUCUUUAGUUCAACUUCAACAUUCUCCAACUGGUUUGACAGUUCACUCAUCAGGGGAAAGGAACCAGUUUUCGAACAAAAUGAAGGCCCAAAAUCGAUUGAAGGCAAAACUACUAGUAAUAUUAAAAGAGCAAGGAGUCCCCACUGUGACUGAGAUCAAUAACAAAGCUGUUUUUGAACCUUGGCACCAAGAAACACGAAGGUAUGUGUUUCGCCCAUACAAGCUUGUUCAGGAUAUAAAAACCGGCAUUCAGCUGGCUGACCCAAAUUUUGUUCUAAAUGGCAAUCUUGACCCUUUUGUUAGUGCUCAUAUACACAAUAGACAUUUAUGUGAUAUGGGAUGAAAGUAGAUGUAGCUUGUCUCCAGUAGAGUAUAUGUUGUUAAUUAAUGUGUAUGAAUAUAUUUAUGAAAUUAGUAUGUAAUUUUUGACGGGUUUCCAAGGGACCCGAUUAUGAAA